AUGCAGUCGCUUCUCCAAUACAGGCGGGCAGGGGUCGCCGCCCAGGCUCAAAUUGACAGAGACAUGGGCGCAGCAGCGUCUUCUUCACAACCGGCAAGUCAUCAACGUUCCAAAACAGGUCAAAUUUUCGACGAAAGAAAGGCUCAUCCAGCGCACCCAGAAGAGAGGCCAGGCCAAGUCCUAGAGCCGACCGGCGAUAGCAGCGCCGAGUCCAGCAAUGACGAAGACAUCGAACGCGUGGGUACGACGCGGACCCAGUAUUCCGAAGGAACUGCUCUCGGUCGGGUUCUCACCGGCAUCCACGUCCGAGACCGCACCGCCCACGAGGGUCAUGGCGGCCGGGUCUUUGUUGUCGGAUGGGCGGGACCGGAUGACCCCCUCGACCCUCACAACUGGUCCUUGGCGAGACGCAUCGGCGUGACGCUCCAGAUCUCCGUGAUUGCGCUUUUCGUCGGCGCCGCCUCCGGUAUCGACGCGACCGUGCUCCCGCAAGCUGCGAAAGACUUGGGCGUCAGUGAAGUCGCCGAAUCUAUGGCGACAGUUGGCAUGGGUGCAGGCUCGCUCAUUGCGGGGCCGUUCUCGGAAACCUUUGGCCGCAAUGCCGUUUACAUCGUCUCGAUGGGAGUCUUCAUGUUGUGGAUCAUGGCGUCCGGUUUGGCGCCUAACUUUGGCGCCCAGAUUGUGUUCCGAUUUCUGGCCGGUUGCUCUGCGUCUACGCCGCUGGUAUGCUCUGGCGGUUCAAUCGCUGACAUGUACAACCGCGUUGAGAAGACGUGGAGUUUCCCACUGUACGCGAUCACCUGUUUCGGAGGCCCGAUGAUAGGUGCCGUGAUGGGCGCCUACAUCGGACCAUCACCUCUAGUGAGCUGGCGCUGGACCGAGUGGACCAUGAUGAUCUGCUCUGGUCUCGUUUUGGUACUUGUCGGGCUGUGUAUGCCAGAGACAUACGGACCGCUGUUGCUGCAGUGGAAAGCGGCACACUACCGUCGCAUCACUGGGGAUAACCGCUUUCGGUCCGAGCACGAGAUUGUAGAUGCAACACUAUUCACCCGACUGAAGACGAGCAUGACAAGGCCAUUCCUCAUGCUUACUGAGCCGAUUAUUAUCGCCAUGACGCUGCACAUCACCGUCGUCUACAUCGUUCUCUUCACUUUCCUGGUUGGCUGGCCGGAUAUCUUCGAAAAGACAUACGGACUCGACCAAGGCCUCGCCAACAUCAUCUUCAUCGCCAUGUUUGUCGGUACGCAGAUCAACUUCGCGUUUGUCCCACUUGUGUACCGCAUGACGGUGAACAGAAUGAAACAGACCGAGGACAGAUCUUUCGAGCCGGAAAUCCGACUGUGGUACGCCAUGUUCGGGGCCGCUGUUUCUGUCCCUGUAUCCCUGUUCUGGCUGGGCUGGACCAACUUCGCCAGCAUUAGCAUCUGGUCGGCCAUCUUUGCGGUUGUACUCUUUGGGUACGGCGUGACGGGCAUCUUCAUGUGCGUUUAUAUGUACAUCAUUGACUCAUAUGAGAUCUAUUCGGCCUCGGCACUCACGUUCGUUGCCUUGAUCAGAUACAUCGUGGCCGGCGGUAUGACAGUCGUGGGAAUUCCGUUCUACGACAAGAUGGGAACGCAUUACACGCUGACGAUUCUGGCGUGCAUCGCCGCGGCACUUGCGCCAAUCCCUUAUGUGUUGUAUUACUACGGUCCCUGGAUUCGGUCGAAGAGCAAGUAUGCUGUCUCGAUGAAAACCCAAUAG